AUGGGAAAUAUCACAACUGUUUCAGAGGGCUCAAAGAAGUCGGAUAUUCAGUUGAAGAAGUUCAAACUCUUCAAUUUUCUCGUGCCAUCACUAGCGAGUCUUGCCUUGUUCUUCGUCACUCUCCUCUUCAUUGGCAGCUUCUUCUACUUGAAUGAUUCGGAAACUGGCAUCAAAACUAGUACUACUAACUUAGCUCGUUGGAGCAAUAUCGAAAUUACGAAUGGCUCAUCAUCGUCGGUACGUCCGUCGGUUCGUGGGAAUGGACGGGUGGGAUUUCUUGAAGAAGGUGGUGGUGAAUGUGAUAUAUUUGAUGGGAAUUGGGUGUGGGACGAGAAUUAUCCGUUGUAUAAAUCCCAAGACUGCCCUUUUGUUGAUGAAGGUUUCAGGUGCUCUGAGCAUGGAAGGCCUAACAACUUCUAUACCAAGUGGCGUUGCCAGCCCAAAGAUUGUAACUUGCCCAGAUUUGAUGCAGGGACGAUGCUAGAAAAGCUGAUCAGGAACAAGCGCGUUGUAUUCGCCGGCGACUCGAUUGCGAGGAAUCACUGGGAAUCCCUCCUCUGCGUGCUUUCCGUUGCUGUCUCUAACAAGUCCUCAAUCUAUGAAGUGAAUGGGAAUCCCAUCACCAAGCAUAAGGGACACUUGGUCUUCAAGUUUGAUGACUUCAACUGCAUUAUUGAGUACUUCAGAUCACCAUUUCUAGUGGUGCAGGGCCGUCCUCCACCGCGGUCUCCCCCGAGGGUUAGGUUCAGUUUGAGAGUAGAUCAAAUGUCUUGGGCUUCCAGACUCUGGAGAGAUGCUGAUAUAGUGAUUCUCAGUUCUGGACACUGGUGGACUUACCAUAAGACUCUAAGAGCGGGCGGUUACUUCCAAGAAGGGAACAAGUUGAAGAUGAACAUGAGUAUUAAAACUGCCUACCAAAGAUCGAUUGAAACAAUGGUUAAUUGGGUUAAUACACAAUUAGACGCAAACAAGACUCGUGUCUUUUUUCGAACCUAUUCUCCAAGUCAUUUCAGGUUGACUACUACACUACUACUUUCACUCUCCUUUUAUUCACUUGAAAACCUUAUAAAGCUAGUAAUGGAGGUGUUAUCACAGCGCCCAAAUAAAGUGGAUGUGUUGAGCGUGACAAACAUGACAACAAGGAGAAAAGAUGGACAUCCGUCGAUAUACAACGUCCGGCAGGAGAAUGAGCCAUUACACCACCAAGACUGCAGCCACUGGUGCUUGCCCGGCGUGCCCGAUUCGUGGAAUGAGCUUCUUUACGCACUCUUACUCAAGCGGGAACUGUCUAAGCCCUAA